GAGUUUAGCCGGCGGGAGCCUGGAGUCCGCUCGGCACGAGCGCGGGGACGCGGGAGCCGCGCGGGACCCAAGCAGUUUUUCCGAGCAGCCGCCAGGCUCAGCCCCGCUCCCAGCCUCGCUGCGCAGCCAGAGACCUGCUAUGGCCACGUCUAUACUCGGGGAAGAGCCGCGCUUCGGAACGACCCCGUUGGCCAUGCUGGCGGCGACCUGCAACAAGAUCGGCAACACGAGCCCGCUGACGACGCUGCCAGAGUCGAGCGCCUUCGCCAAAGGCGGCUUUCACCCCUGGAAGCGCUCCUCGUCCAGCUGCAACCUCGGCUCCAGCCUCUCGGGCUUCGCGGUGGCCACCGGGGGCCGUGGCUCGGGCGGCCUGGCGGGCGGCUCGGGCGCCGCCAACAGCGCCUUCUGCCUGGCCUCCACGUCGCCCACGUCGUCCGCCUUCAGCAGCGACUACGGCGGCCUCUUCUCCAACUCGGCGGCUGCCGCGGCGGCAGCGGCCGGGGUGUCCCCGCAGGAGGCGGGUGGCCAGUCGGCCUUCAUUUCCAAGGUGCACACGACGGCAGCCGACGGCCUGUACCCGCGCGUGGGCAUGGCGCACCCGUACGAGUCCUGGUACAAGUCGGGCUUCCAUUCGACGCUGGCGGCCGGCGAGGUGACCAACGGCGCGGCGUCGUCGUGGUGGGACGUGCACAGCAGCCCGGGCUCGUGGCUGGAAGUGCAGAACCCCGCUGGGGGGCUCCAGAGCUCGCUGCACUCGGGCGCCCCCCAGGCCUCGCUGCACUCGCAGCUGGGCACCUACAACCCCGACUUCAGCUCGCUCACGCACUCGGCCUUCAGCUCCACGGGCCUCGGCUCCUCCGCCGCCGCCGCCUCCCACCUGCUCUCCACCAGCCAGCACCUGCUGGCCCAGGACGGCUUCAAGCCGGUGUUGCCCUCCUAUUCGGACUCCAGCGCCGCCGUGGCAGCCGCCGCCGCCAGCGCCAUGAUAUCGGGCGCCGCGGCUGCCGCCGCCGGGGGGAGCUCGGCACGCUCUGCCCGCCGCUACUCGGGCCGCGCCACCUGCGACUGCCCCAACUGCCAGGAGGCGGAGCGGCUGGGCCCGGCCGGGGCGAGCCUGCGGCGCAAGGGCCUGCACAGCUGCCACAUUCCGGGCUGCGGCAAGGUGUACGGGAAGACGUCGCACCUGAAGGCGCACCUGCGCUGGCACACGGGCGAGCGGCCCUUCGUGUGCAACUGGCUCUUCUGCGGCAAGCGCUUCACGCGCUCGGACGAGCUGCAGCGGCAUCUGCGGACUCACACGGGCGAGAAGCGCUUCGCCUGUCCGGUGUGCAACAAGCGCUUCAUGCGCAGCGACCACCUGAGCAAACACAUUAAGACGCACAACGGGGGCGGCGGGGGCAAAAAGGGCAGCGACAGUGACACGGACGCCAGCAACCUGGAGACGCCCCGUUCCGAAUCCCCCGACCUCAUCCUGCAUGACUCCGGCGUCAGUGCCGCCCGGGCGGCGGCAGUGGCGGCGGCGGCGGCGGCGGCGGCCUCCGCGGGAGGCAAGGAAGCAGCGUCUGGCCCCAACGACUCUUAGAGGCCGGGCGAGAGGCGCGAGCACGCAAGCGAGUAGAGACACCGAGAACGAACGAGAGGUUCGGAGGGCGAGCGAGCGGGGGGCGGGAGGGCAGGGGCUUCAGUGACGCCCCCGGGGCCCGGGCUGGGCGCGAGGUGGAGCCGCUCGGGGCUCCCGGGCUGCGGUUCUGCCGCUGUGCGAGGAGCUCCCCUUCGCCUUCCGCGCCCGGAUAAGAAUCGAACGCGUGGUCCGGAAACAAAAGCGAACCAUCCUCCGACACAAACACUUUAAAAACUGUACUCCCAGACGUACACAUACACCGGAGACCUACAACCACAAGCACGCACACUCGCGCGCGCACACACAUACCACUCGCCCAAACUUCUCGAGCGAAGAGCAAUACAUAGAAAGGCUCCCUCUUUGCCCACUGUCCACCUCCCUCCAACACCCGUCUCUUUCCUUUUCUCAAAAACAAGCCACCACCCAGCAAAGGACUGUCAGAACAUUUGAAAACAAACGGGACCGAUAAAAACACCCUUUGUUUGGAUUAUAUUAUAUAUAAAAUGCUCCAAGUCCUGCCUGAUAUCUACUUACAAUGAGACUUUUUUCCUAAAAAAGGAAGCAUCAAAAGGCUUAAGGUGAGAAAUUAAACUGGAAGUCUAGCGACAGUUUCUCUGUAUUUCAUAACAUCUGUAUAAAUAGGGUUCAAAAGAUUGUGUUCUCUUUUAUUUUCUUGUAAAUGUUCAUUCGAAUAGAGUUUUUUUGGGUGAAUCCCUGAAAUUCAGGGAGUUUUUUUUUAAUUUUCUGAUGCACUUUGUGAAAGUCAGUAUAUAUGUAAAAGAUAUUUAAAAUGUUGAGUUAUCAUUUCACUCACAAACACGUAAGUUAAGGUCAUCUAAAGAAAUUAAAUGCGUUUAUCUGUAUCAAGAAAAUCUCGACAUCAUAUUUUCAUUUUGGUAUUAUUAAAGGACUCUGAACAAUACAUUUCCUUUUUUAAAAAUCCUGUUUCCCCCUCAAUAACCUUUUCGUGAGUCGAUUUUUUUUUCGGUUGGGAAAAAAUUCCCUUAAUGUUAGUUGUAGGUAAUGUAAAGUUUAUGUGGGUUAUAAAAGCCAUACUACAUAUACGUUUUUGAGAAGUCAAAAUUAUUUAUUUGUAUAUCAACAACAUAAAUUAAAUUGGGUUGUAAGGAC